AUGAGGCCUAUUUUGCUUGCGGGCCAUGAACGUGCCCUGACUCAGAUCAAGUUCAACAGCGAUGGCGAUCUUCUUUUCUCCGUGUCGAAGGAUAAAAUUGUGUGCGCCUGGUGGUCGGCCAACGGCGAGAGACUCGGUACCUACAACGGACACCAGGGUGCUAUCUGGACGGUCGACGUGAGCCCCAACACGGUUCUCCUGGCGACGGGCUCGGCAGACAACACCGUGCGACUAUGGAACGUCAAGACCGGCGAGUGCGUGAAGGUGUGGGAUUUCCCUACGGCCGUGAAGCGGGUCGAGUUCAGCCCCGACGGAAGCAGACUUUUGGCCGUGACGGAGAAGCGUAUGGGUUUCUUGGGUACCAUCGCCGUCCUUGACAUCAGCUACGGCGAGAACUUGGAGGACCAGGCCGAUGAGCCCAGCUUGCGGAUCACCUGCACGGAGAGCAAGGCCACCGUUGCGGGCUGGAGUUAUCUGGGCAAGUACAUCAUUGCUGGUCACGAAGACGGCAGUGUCAGCCAGUACGACGAGAAGACCGGUGAGCAGCUGGAGAACGUCCAGGCCCACGAGUUCGACCACCAGAUCAACGACAUCCAAUUUUCUCAAGACCGCAGCCACUUCAUCACCGCCUCCAAGGACAAGUCUGCCAAGCUCAUCUCCUCCCGUAACCUCGCCAUCCUCAAGACCUACCCCGCCGAUACUCCCUUGAACAGCGCCACGAUCACGCCCAAGAAGGAUUACGUUAUUCUGGGUGGUGGUCAGGCCGCCAUGGAUGUCACCACCACCUCCGCCCGCCAGGGUAAAUUCGAGGCUCGCUUCUACCACAAGGUCUUCGAGGACGAGAUCGGCCGUGUCAGAGGUCACUUCGGUCCCCUCAACACCGUCGACGUCCACCCCGCCGGUACUGCCUACGCUUCCGGCGGAGAGGACGGUUACGUUCGUGUGCACCACUUCGACAAGCCUUACUUUGACUUCAUGUACGAGGUCGAGCGGGAGCAGCUGCGGAAGUAG